UCUUCUUUGUGCCUGUUUCAAAAAAAGAAAAGAAAUAAUAAUAAGUUUGGUGACUGAAAAACCCUAAACCCGAAAACCAAACCAACGACCUGACCCGUUUCCAGAUCCAUUUCUUCUUCCCGCACCGAGCAAACACGAUGAGCACGGAGAAGGACGACUCUUCAGCUGUGCGGCGGCGCGUGUCCUGCACGAAAUGCUUCGACGCUCUCUGGUUCUGCUACUCACCAUUUUACCAAAUGCAGCAGUACUACCGGGUUGGAAAACUUGAUGAUUGUACUAAGAAGUUCUCUGAUCUCUUUGAUUGUCUUUCAUUAAAGACAAAAAGCUCUUCUGAAGCCGAGAAAAUUAUGGAAGAGCAAGAGAAAGCAGAUGCAGCAAAGCAUAUCUGGACUAUGAGGACACAGGUAGAAGCUUCUAGUCACUGGAACGAGACGUUUGGGCAUUUGGAUGAUCCAAAUUACUAGAAGUGGAGUUUCACACUCUCUACUGGAUUCUUGAUGGACAUUUUCACUUCAAGUAACUCAAUUUUUUUGCUAGAGAUCUGCAGAUUGUUCUGCUGCCGGAUAAGAAAAGUUUUUUGUCAUCAGUUACCAUGAAACAUUAUAAAGCUAUUGCCUCAAUCUUCCAAAGAAGCGCACCCUUGGAAAUAUGGAGGGAUGUUGAGAGAUCAUUUGAAUGUAUUUGGUAACUACAGAAAUGAAAAUCCUAUUCAAUUAAUAAAGUUGGAAAUAUUAAACAUGUA